UGAUAUUGGUUGAUAAGACACUUUUCAUGGCGUUUUAUAUAUUGCGGCACAUUUAAGACGCUACCUAUUUAUGUUAACCAGACAGAAUAGCAUUUCCCAUAGGAAGGUAAACGCCACCUUUUGGCAGACUAUCAACAGUCUCACAGACAAGAAAGAUCCAACUAACUCUGGUAAGUUCAAUGGCUUGGUUAAUUAACGAUCCAUUGAAUGUACCUGGGAGACCAGCCAAUUCAAAUGGCGCCUCAUUUGAAAACACAGUUACAACUUAUAGCAAGGCAAGCGCACCAUUCUACCCUUAAAAGAAAAUCCGAGUAGUUGCCGACUUCUCCUUUAUGAGAUGCUAUUUUCUUUCUGCUGCAGCUAUGAAUCUCCUUAGCAUGCUUCAAGCAGUCUAUGGUCUGCCAAUGAGUAUCAUGUCAUGGUGGAGAAGACUUAGGGGAAGAAGGAAGGAGACAGGAAGACAGACCUCUCCUCUUCUUCAGUUGCCAGUCGAGCUUAUACACCGUAUUUCCAAUGAGCUCUCGCCAGCCGGUCGACGCGUCUUAUCCCAAACUUGCCGACCGCUAUGUGAGAUCCUAGGCAAAAGCGCACUGGCAACCCGCCUUUCCCGCGACGAUUACUGCGAAUAUCUGGCACUCAUCGCUCGUCAGCGACCGGACUACUGGGUAUGCGAGGCGUGUAUUGGGUUCCAUAGAGUUACAACUGUCGAUACGCCAGAGAAUCCGUGUGUCCCAACUUGUUCGGCGGGACCGAGACGAUGGCGCUAUACAGGAUACGGGCAGCGAGACCGACUUGACGCACGUCUCUUUCGGGUUGACCACCGACAUAUUCAGUUAGCCCUCAAGUACACGCGCUUGAGGUGCGAUAACUACCAGGAUUAUCUCGAUAAACUGCUGGCGCCCUGUGUCGAUUCGAAUUUCGAGACUUAUCUGUGGCCGUAUAGGCAGCCAAACAAGCUGACUGUUCGUUACUCGGCCUUCCCCAAAAUUGUCAUGGGGAAUGACGGCAAUCUUCGAUUCCUAUUACUAUCCACCUGGAGCUACCAGGAAGACAGGAGCCAGCUAUCGCUCCCGGCUAUGGGGGACUUAAAGAUAUGCCCGCAUCUAAGGCUGCCCUAUGGUGCUAGGAGGGGGGCAGGUCGUGAAUUAGGAUCACUAAGGGGAAUUCUUACACCUUUUCUUCUCAACGAGGACAGCAACGAAAGAAAGGGGUUGUAUUUCUGCUGCUACUGCCCUACGGAUUUAUGUGUCAAGAAGUCUCCUGGGCGCCUAUUUUUAAGUGCUUGGCAGGACCUAGGGCCUGAGGGGUCGCCGAUGGAUAAAUCUUGGAGGGUACAUAUAUUGAGUAGCCUAAACAGCUCUCGGGGUCAUCCACACCUAAGUCAUGAGCCUGGGAGCAUUUUAAGGCUCUACGAACAAGACAAGAGCAAGCAAAACCGAACGACCUAAACUUGACAUUACCAACACUGUGUCAAGGGCUACGAGCAAGGGCUAGAUAACCGCUAGUUAGCUGCGGCCCGUAUAAUACCUGGGACGAAUAUAUAAGGGGCCUUCGGCCCCAGAGGGGUUUGGAAAAGGGACAGGCGUCAAUCAAGGUCUUUUGCUACCUACAAGCGAG